AGUCUCAGUCAGCGUGGACUCCGUGGGCGCUCUCUGCUUUCUGCCCCGAAACGAGGACUUUUUAUUGUGCUUCACACCAAAAAACUACCCGAGUCCGAGGAAACAGCAGCCCUGAAGCAGACAGCCCGCUGUUCAGCCCAUGCAGGCCUGUGUCGGUCGUUUUUAGGAGGGUAUGUGUGUUUCUGAAAGGCAGCAGGAGGAUCUGAGCACGGCGGACUCCGAGUGGCCGAUGCCAUGAAACUCAAUCCGCAGCAAGCUCCCUUAUAUGGUGAGUGUGUGUUGACAGUCCAGCUGAGUGAGGAGGAGUACGUGGAGGACGAGGAAGAUGUGGAGUUUUACCUGCUGUUCGCUGGAACCACCCAGAGACACCUGACCACCACGCUGAGGGUCAGCCAUGUUACACUGCAGGCUGUGUGUCCAGCUCAUGACCGCGGGGAGACGGUGCGGGUCACUCUGUGCCAGGCUCGGCCGGGUGGCUCUGUGGAUGCUGUGGCCGAGGAGCGGUUCCAGUAUGUGCAGGACCUUGCCCUGGACAUGGCCCACUUCCUGCUGAGCGCGUCCGGCCAGCGGGAUGGCCUUGAGAGGGCGCUGCUACUGGACGAGUGUCAGAUCCCCCUGCAGGAGUGUGAGCGGCUUGACGAGACGCUGGCGCUUGCACUCAGACACAUACCGCUACCGCCGGGGUGGAGCGUACUCGGAACAGACAUAAACACGAACUCCCACACAGAUCUUGGACCCCAGGAGACUCUGCUGCACUUUGCGGCACGACGUGGCCUGCGGAGGGUGGCGCUGUUCCUGCUGCAGCAGCCGGGUGGGCGGGACGCCCUGAGACACCAAAACAAACAGGGACAUACGCCCGCCGGGGUGGCCCAGAAAAGGGGGCACUCACAGCUACAGCACCUGCUCUCAGAGCUGGAAGACUCACCUUGUUACGAAACUAAGGCACCCAGGCGGCGUUCCCCAGGAGGCCGAGCAUUCCUGCACCAUCCGAGCCUGAACACCUACACGCUGACAGUGGACAGCGAGACGGACGUUUCUCCGCCAGACCUGCGGGCGGACGUGGAGGAACUCCAGCGCUUCAUUCAGUCCCAUCAGCAGGAGAAGGGUCUUUCUCUGAGCGGGCAGGACCACGUUUCACUGAUUCUGAGCAGAGAUAUCGGCGACAGCUCUCAGAAAGCCGCAAUAACUUCCUGCCCUGGACCCUCCCUCCAGAACCCAGCGGAGCAUCGCGAAGCUGAAGCCGAGAGAGGGAACGGCGAGCUCCUGAACGGCACUAGGGAUUAUAUCCAGUCAGAAGAGCUGGAGGAGGUGGAGCCGGACGGAUCGGCUAGAGCGGAUUCUGGGAAGGUGGCUGGUGAGGGUGUGUGUGCGGAGGGCAGGGAGGAGAGUGCGGCUGUCAGUGGCGCUUCCUGUGGAGAACGGCAGCAGGAGGAAGCAGAUAGAGAGGUGGGUGUAAUCACAGCGGAGCAGAAAGAGCACUUUUCAAACAAAACGUACAAUAAAGCUGAAUCUGGCAACCCGGAGGAGGCAGCUAUGGGCCAGUCCCAGGGGCUCCUCCCCUCAGAAACUCAGCGCAGUGAGGAAAGCGAUAGGAGACGGGACUUACCAAAGGAAAAGGAAGGAGAGGCUAGCAGUGGUCAGGAAACUGCAAUUUCGAGCGCACUUCGGCAAGACGUUUCAGAGGAAGGCGGCCGAGAGGACAGCGAGAAGCAGGCGGACGGUUGCUGUUCUGAAGGAACGGAGGUGAAUUCAGUCAAUUUUGGCACUAGUGAGGCACUGAUUGGUCAGGAAAGUCCAAGCCUGAGCUCAGAGAACAUCAGCUUUUUGGAGGAAAGUGGCCGAAACACCAGUGAAGUGAAGAAAGAAGGCUGCGGUCAAGGGACAGAGGCAAAUUCAGGAAAUUUCAGCACUAAUCAGGCACUGAUUGAUCAGGAAAGUCCAAGCCUGAGCUCAGAGAACAUCAGCAUUUCUGAGGAAAGUGGCCAAAACACCAGUGAGGUGAAGGUGGAAGGCUGCUGUGAAGGAACGGAGGCAAAUUCCAUCAGUUUCAAUGCUACUUUUGGGGUAAAUUCAGAAGUUAAUGCCUCGCAAACAAGUGAGGAAGCUGUUGUUUGUUUAGAAACUGGCAAUGAGGCUGCGAGCAGCCCAAAGAAAGAUACAGGAAACCACAGUGUGAACGUAGAGGCAGAGCAGGACAAAGGAUUUAGUGGUUCAGAAAGUGGCUCUGCAUUGGAUUCGAUAAGCUUGCGGCCCAAUAUGGCACCGGGACCCAUCCACAACGUCCAGCAUGAACCUUCUCCUCUCCCAGACUGCCGGACAGCUGAGGAAACGGUUGAUACGACUGACCAGGACCAACAUCAGCAAACCAAUCAAACCACAGUUUCUCCAGCAGAAGGCACAUCAGAUUGCUCAGAGCAGGUGAGGACUUCUGACUCGUCUAGUGACUCCACUGACAAAGCAGCACCUUCUGAAGAUGCAGCAGGAGUUCAUGGAUUGUCUGAUGAAGAGAACCCAUGUGAGUGUGUUUCUGAAGCCAUAGCUGCUGUUUCUUCCUCAGCUGUGGAAGGCAGCGGUGAAAUGGUUCCAACAGAGGGUCUUCUGGCUGAGCCAAAAGAUGAGAAAAAGGCCUCAGAAGAAGGUUCAGAAACCCCUGCAGGAGGUGAUCAACCCAUGGUGGAUUUAUUAAGUGUGGCUGUACCUAAUGAGGCUCAGAUAUUGUCAGGAGGAAGUGAGGAUUCAUCUGGAGAGUCAUUGUCAGGAGUGUGUGAAGGUGGAUCUUUUUCUGAUGAGGCUCUUGGAGAAACGUUACCUGGAGGAGGAGAAGAUACGUCUCCUUUUGCCGAGGCUGAAACUGAUGAAACAUCAUCAGGAGAAGGUAAAGGUGCAUCUCUUUCUGAUGAGGCUCCUGGAGAAACGUUACCAAGAGUGAAUGAAGAUGAAUCUCCUUCUGAUGAGGCUGCUGUUGGAGAAACAUUAGGAAAAGCUGAAGAUGCAUCUCUUCUAGCUGAGGCUGCAGUUGCAGAAACAUCAAAAGGAGGUGAAAGUGCAUCUCCCUCUCAUGAGGCUGGAGUUGAAGAAACCUCAAGAGGAAGUGAAGUUGCAUCUCCUCCUGAUGAGGCUGGAGAAUCAUCACAAAGAAGUGAAGUAUCUUCUAAUCAAGCUACAGUUGGAGAAAUAUUAUCAAAAGAACAUGAAGGUGCAUCUCCUUCAGUCGAGGCUGCAGAUGGAAGAACAUUGUCAAGAGAACGUGAAGGUGCAUCUCCUUCAGUCGAGGCUGGAGUUGGAGGAACAGAAAAAACAGAAGGUGCAUCUCCUUCAGUCGAGGCUGGAGUUGGAGGAACAUUGUCAAGAGAACAUGAAGGUGCAUCUUCUUCAGUCGAUGCUGCAGUUGGAGAAACAUUGUCAAGAGAACAUGAAGGUGCAUCUCCUUCAGUCGAGGCUGCAGUUGGAGGAACAUUGUCAAGAGAACAUUUAGGUGCAUCUCCUUCAGUUGAGGCUGGAGUUGGGGAAACAGAAAAAACUGAAGGUGCAUCUCCUUCAGUCGAGGCUGGAGUUGGGCAAACAGAAAAAACAGAAGGUGCAUCUUCUUCUGACGAGGCUGCGGUUAGAGAGACGUCACCAGGAGCAUCUCAAGCACUUUCUGAGCCACAAAAUGAAACUGCACUGGUCACAGACACCACAAAUCAAAUCCAGAGUCCACAGAAUGAAGCGUCAGCUGUAGAUCAGACUCAGGAGGUUCUUCUACAGCUAACGGAACCAGCUUCCAAACCUGAGGAGCUAUCGUGUAGUUCCUCGGAAGCUACAGUUGCAAUUGCUGGCAAUUGUGAAGCGAUUUCACACGGACAGCCAGGAGAGUCCAGCGAGACCAAGGAGGACUGUGUGAAGCUUAAUGAGGAGAGUGCGAGCUUGGAUAUUGCUUCACAAGUAUCUGAUGGAUCUUCAGCAUCUCCAUGUGAUUCUGCAUCCAAGGAAGACAGCAGUGCAGUAUUCCCUGACCCUCAAUCUGAGGUCAUAGCCUCUGGGGCUGAAGGCCAAGCUCCAUUGCCGGGCAGCUCUGCCAUAACUGUGGAAUUGCACAGUGAUUCAGGCUUUUCUUUGGACAACACCUCCACUUCCGACUCACUCAGUGCCUCCGCCCAGCCUGUGGAGCCUCUGGAUAAGGAUAGUGGUACAUUCCUGGGUUUGGACACCAGCUCCCCUGUGGAAGUGGACAGUGGUUUGUCCCAAGGCCUGCCACCUUCAGACACGGCCAGCAGCCUUGGAGGGUUAUGUGAGAGCAAAAGCCUGGACGAGGGGAGGAAUCAGGCAGAGGAGGAAUGUAGUGAGAAAGAGAAACCACGCGAGGAACAAGUGGCAGAUGACCUCAGUGUUUCUGCUGAUGUUCAGGCAUCAUUAACAGACAUGGAUCAGACUGAGAUCCACAGAGAGACGGAGGUGUUCUAUCCUCUGGAGUCGUGUGCAAACCCAGGGGAGCCGAAGGAGCCGCCCAGUGAAGAAAACACAUGCGCAGGUCAUUCUGAGGGUGUGUGCAGGUCAGUGUCAGUGAGCUCUCUGCCUGAAUCUGAGUCGAUCAGUGAUGGAGACUCACUGGUCAGUACAGAGACGGUGGACGACAGCGUCUUCAAACAGAGUGAAGAUACGGUCACACUCGCGGCUGACAGCACCAGUGGGGUCUCCGUAACUGGAUCCAGUUCUACAGACGACUGGUCCAGUCUGGGGCCUUGUGGCUCUGAUCCACCUGUGGAGAACACAGUCACGGUGGGUUCUGAUCAUCCCUUAGAGGGUGCAGUCACGGUGGGCUCCGAGCAGCCUGUAGAGAGUGCAGUCAUGGUGGGCUCCGAACAGCCUGUAGAGGGUGCAGUUACGGUGGGGUCUGAUCAGCCUGUAAAGGGCGCUGUCACAGUGGGCUCCAGUCAGCCUGUAGAGGGCGCCAUCACUGUCGGCUCCAGUCAGCCUGCAGAGGGCGCCAUCGCUGUCGGCUCCAGUCAGCCUGUAGAGGGUGCAGUCACACUGGGCUCUGAUCAGCCACCAGAGGGCACCAUUGCUGUCGGCUCCAGUCAGCCUGUAGAGGGCACAGUCACAGUGGGCUCAGAUCAGCCUGUGGAGGGCUCCAUCACGGUGGGCUCCGAUCCACCUGGGGCUAGGUCCUUACCGGCCACUGGAGAAACGGAGGAAGAGGAGAAGAAGGAUCAGCUGACGGAGGUUCCAGAGCGUUCCACUAUCCCGCGCUCGUCAGUGCGCUCUCUUUCUCCGUCACGCAGGCACAGCUGGGGUCCGAGCAGGAACUCUGCUGGAGAAGCGGAUAUGGGUCAGCGCAGUGUGGUACAGAGUGAGGAUGGAGGGAAACCUGCAGGACACAGGAGAAGUAUGAGCUGGUGUCCAUCAGAUGUCCCUCGUCCAGAGAACGAUGAAAUGAAUGCUAGAAGUUACAGUCUGGAGGGUCUGGUGGAGGGGGACGUGGGGACGUCCUCGAGUCCGCGGCGGGUAGAAUCUCAGCGCGAACCUGGACGCCCUGGCCGGCUGGACAGUGAGGAGAGGGGGUCUCUGGUGUCCCUCACUGAGGAGGAGCAGGAGUCCGACAUGGGGGACGCCAGCAGUCUGGACAGCCAGCGGUCGGUUCAGGCUGGACGGCGCAGCGCCCCUCCUCCACCACUGACCCUCACCAAGUCCAUCUCCAUGUCCGCCAUCAGCCCGAGGGACCUGGAUGCGAUUGGACGAGCUCGACCCAAGCGGCGAAUCAGCUUCUCCUUCAGCGUCUCGCCAAUCCUGCCCAAAUCUAAAACUCUCUUUGCUAUUGGCUCUUCAUCCAGUGAGGAUGAGGAGGCUGCCAAUUUGGGCUCUUUCACGAGUGCGUCAGGAUCACUGGAGUGCAGUAUAUCUGAGGAGGAUCCGGCUCCGUUGAGGAGUGAGGGUGGAGAGGUCCGAGUGGGCGGGACCAAAGUGAGCCGCACCUUCAGCUACCUCAAGAGCAAAAUGAGCAAGAAGAGUAAAGAAAAGGACCGAGAGAAGAGUAAGGAUGGGAAAGAGAAGGAGAAGAGGAGCUCCGGUGGCCAUCUGUUCAGCUCCGUCUCUACAGCGCCCCCUAGCCCCUGCCUGCAGUGCAGCAAACCUAUCAACACUAAAGACGCCCUGCAGUGCACAAACUGCAGUGCUCAUGUCCACAAGGGCUGUAAAGAGGGACUCCCUGCGUGUGCCAAAGUGAAGAUGAAGCAGCAGCAGCAAACUGUUCCUGAUUCAGCUUCAGCUCAUGCAGUCGCCAUGAGAACCAAAUCUGCGACGGCGCGGGAGCGUCCUUGGUCCACCAUGAUGAUUCCCGAUGACCAGAUGCCGCCUCCUCCCGUCCCGCCGCAGCGGAAAAGUCCCGGAAUCAUGGCCUUCAACAGCAACACUCUGUCCAAGAGCAUCUCCAUCAGCAACAUCGCAGGGCAAAUGGACGACACGCCGCUCAAACCCCUGAAGUUUCUGUCUCAGUCCACCGACUCUCUGCACAAGAUCAGCAGAGUGAACGAGUCCACAGAGUCGCUCACGGACGAAGGUGCAGAGCUGAUGGAUGGUCAGCUGAUGGGAGACUUUGAAGCGGAUGCAAAGGAGCUGGAGGCUGAUUCCUGGAGCUUAACUGUAGACAGGAAAUAUCUAAAGCAACUCAAGAAAGACGUGAUCAAGAGGCAGGACGUCAUCUACGAGUUGAUCCAGACGGAGAUGCACCACGUGCGGACUCUUCGCAUCAUGGCUGAUGUUUACAGUAAAGGUCUGCUGAAGGAGGUGCAGCUGGGGCCUGAGAUGAUGGAGAAGAUGUUCCCCAUGCUGGAUGAGCUCCUGGACCUGCACACACUCUUCCUCACACGCCUGCUGGAGCGGAAGAGGAUGGCGCAGGCCAAGAGCGCAGACGAGGGAGGCUACACCAUCCGCAGGAUCGGACACGUGCUGCUGGACCAGGUUACGGGCUUUAAUGCAGAAAGGAUGACGAAAGUGUAUGGAAAGUUCUGCAGCCGCCACAACGAGGCUGUAAACCUGUACAAGGAGUUUCACGCCAAAGACAAACGCUUUCAGGCCGUCAUCAGGAAAAUGAUGAGCAACCCUGUUGUCCGGAGGCUGAGUAUCCCUGAGUGUGUCCUGUUAGUGACCCAGCGCAUCACCAAAUACCCAGUGUUGCUGCAGAGGAUCCUCCAGCACACCAAAGAUCCGGAGGAGGAGCAGAUGGACAUGACCGAAGCUCUGCAGCAGAUGAAGGAGGUGAUCGCGGCCGUGGAUUUGAAGGUGAGCGAGUAUGAGAAGAGACGGAGACUGAAGGAGAUUCACAGUCGCACGGACAGCAAGUCCAUUAUGAGGAUGAGGAGCGGCCAGAUGUUCGCCAGAGAGGACCUCAUCAGGGGACGGAGACUCGUACACGACGGACCACUGCAGCUGAAGAAUGCAGCUGGACGACUGAAAGACGUGCAGGCUUUGCUGCUGUCCGACGUGUUCGUGUUCCUGCAGGAGAAAGACCAGAAAUACGUUUUCGCCUCUCUGGAUCAGCGUUCUACCGUGAUCUCUCUGCACAAGCUGAUCGUGAGGGAAGUUGCUAAUGAAGAGCGCGGCCUGUUCCUCAUCACGGUCGGGAUGGACAAGCCGGAGAUGGUGGAGGUUUACGCCAGCUCCAAAGUGGAGAGGAACACAUGGAUCCAGCUCAUCCAGGGCGCCAUGCAGUCCAUAGAGAGGGAGGACGAUGAAGGAAUCCCAAGUGAGAACGAGGAAGACAAGAGACUCCAAGAGAUCAAAGCCAAAGAGAUGAGAGAUCUGCUGCAGAAGAAGGACGAGCAGAUCGUGUGUUUGCUGGAGGAGAAGGUGCGUUUGUUCCGGGAGCUCUGUGAGAGCGCGCCUGUGGAGGACGCCGCGCUGCGCAGCAGGAUGAUGUUCAGGGCCACCAGUGAUGAGGUCACCAAAGGAGAGCCAAUCAUCAAAGACGCUCUGAAGGAAGUGGAGAAGCUGCAGGAGCUGGUGAACGGCAGUGUGUGUGGAGCGGUGGGGCAGCAGGUGUGUGCGGGGCAGGAGAGCGCGAGUGUGAGCUCGGUGAGUUUACCGCGAAGAGCCGAAACGUUCGGAGGAUUCGACAGCCACCAGAUGAACAGCUCGAAGAUCAGAGAAGGAGAGAGAGAAGAAGUGGAUGAGUCAGCGGAGCUGCGGAGGACUGAGUCAGACAGCGUCCUGAAAAAGGGGGGCAAUGCAAACCUACUGCUACUGCUCAAGAGGAACAGUGAGCAGGUACUCCAGAGUGUCACUCGUCUUCACGACCUUUUGAACACAUUACAGGCUGUGGUUGUUCAGCAGGACACCUUCAUCGAGGAUCAGCGCCAGGCCCUCCUCAGUGACCGUCCCUCGGUCACCUCCCGCCAUCCCUCCGUCUCCUCCUUGUCGUCCUCAUCCUCCUCUUCCUCACGGCCGGCGUCUCUGAUCGAGCAGGAGAAGCAGCGGAGCGCGGAGCGGCAGAGGCAGGAGGCGGAGGAGAGGAGGCGCAGGGAGAGGGAGUGGGAGCAGAGGGAGAAGGAGGUGCAGCAGAGAGAGGAGCGCGUACACGCUUUGGAGGAGGAGAACACGAGGGUGAGCAAGGAGCUGGACGAGGAGAGGAACGAACUGCAGAACAAAAAGGAGGAGUAUCAGCGAGACCUGGCCAGGCUGAGGGACAGUCAGAGGAGGCUGGAGAGAGAGAGGGAGCAGCUGUACACGCACUCACAGCUACGGCAGAGCGCUGAGCAGGAUCAGCCCCAGCAGAGGCCGCGCACUUCCUCCUCCGCCUCCGAGGACUCUCUGAAGCUGCAGAGUUCCGGAGAACCGGCUGAGUCUGCGGAACUGUCCACCUCUCUGUCCGCCCACGACCUGCCAUCCCGCGUGGACUCCAAACGCAAGAGCAAGAACCUGAACCCGUUCUCCUCCGGAUCCAGCCAGAAGGGCGGCGCUGCGGAACCGCAGAGCCAAAUCCCCUCCCGCCUGCUGCAGCUCGCCAAACCCAAGGAGAAGAAGGAGAAGAAGAAGAAGAAAGGCAAAGGCCAGCAGAGCCAGAACACGGAAGCCCAGGAUGCAGCAGUGCCGGGACCUUCAGCGGACGGGGCGGUCUUUUUCUGCUGAGCUCUCCUCCGGCCCCCGAUUCCUCGUAGAUCGUAUUCUUCCUGUGUUCGUCAGACGGAGUUAAAGUGCCUCACCCACCCACCUGUGUUCAAAAACCCAGACGAGAGAAGAAACCCUUACUUCUUUAUGCAAAAACCUGCGGAGUCUCAUGAUUUUUCUCUCUGUUCCACACAAACUCUCACCCAUGUCAGCGCUCACCUGGGAGUUUUAAUGAGCGGUCUCUGGCUCAUCUUGGUUGGUGUUGGUAUAUGUCGGGACACCGUGGGCACUUUCUGGAGACUUUUUCACCCUUUUUGUUGAAUUUUUAUUCAUUUGAGAGAGUAAAAUCAGAGAUUUCCUGCAGCAGGAGGCUUCAGGCUUAGGCUUCCGGGAUUGGGGGAGUCCUCCAGGCCUCUAGGGGCGCUCUACCAUUCACCGGAGGAGGUUUGCCUAAAAGUCAACACCAUUUUUGGGAAGUGGGUGAAUUCCAGACACCACUUACAGUGAGACUGAGACUGUCUAGACGUUUCUCUCGUCUUCUUUCUGAACCAUUAGAGCUGAUAUACACUGGCAGUCAAAAGUUUGGGGACAUGUAGCUCUUUAAACUGUUUUAUAUAAAUGAACGUUUGCAGUGUGACUUUGUAGGAAGAUUCCACCCAUUUUACUAAAUUUUAGGUCAUUAAAAUUUAAGGUUUGAUGUGAAAUGGUUUAUUGUAGAGAAACUUAACGACUCAGAAAUACAGCCCAAGUGAACCUACACAGUUUUUAACUCGAAUACUGCUGGUAAAAUAGUGGAAAAUCUGAAAUAAUAGGUUUUCUUUGGGGACUAUUUUGCCUCACAACACCCUGCAUGUAUCCCUCCACCAUGAAUGGGUUAAGAAUACAUUUUAGAGCCAAAAUCAUCUCAAAACUAUCAUA